ACAACCAGGGUGCUAUAGGAGGUAGAACCAUAGAGAAAUCCUGCCUGGCAGUUCUUGGCAGUAAGAGUGAAAUGAUUAGUAAUUUACUUCGUAAAAUUUUUUGUGCCUACUGUAAAAUUAUGGAUUUGAAAGCUUUACCUACAGAGGUUGACACUCUUGUGUCCUUUCUUGUUUGGCUUGACUUGUCGCAGUAUUUUUCAAGACAUGCAGAUUUUUUGGCAGCAGUUUCAAGAACACAUUUAGAGGCACAACUUGCUGAUCCUUCAAAGGAAUAUAGGGUUAAAAGAGUUUAUAGAGCACUGUUGAAGGAAUACAGGCAAGCUAGAGACCUUGAAUAG